AUGCCCAUGAUAGGCAAGACUCUCUUAUCACAUACCCUUGGUCUCUCCCACAAUUCAACACAUUGGGACCUCAAAACCGAACUCACAGUCAAUAUCCUCCGGUCCUUCACAUAUGGCACCCUGAGCCCCAUCUCCCGAACCCAAGCCGCUAUGCUGCAUGACCCUGGUAUCAAGGGUAGGAUUUGGAUCUCUAAAGUCACAUUACCAGUCCCAUCGGAAGACGAUGUGCGUCAAAAGCUUUUUCAAGUAAUAGAGGAGAUGAAAGAUCCAGGGGACUCGCAACAUGCCGGUGGUUUUAUAGAACCGGAGUUACUGCCCGUAGAAGGCGAAUGGACAGGUUAUCGCGCCUUUUGCCCCAAAAAUGCUCCCAGAUUGCGGAUAUCAGAAGCCCAACAAUAUGCUGAAAUGAUGAAAGAAGUUACUUCUCCCGUGACAAUUAUCCAUAUACACGGUGGCGCACAUUGGCUUCUGGAUCCAGCCAGUUAUCGUCAACAACUCAAGAAACUGGCUGAAUUAACAGGAGGACGGGUACUUUCCCUUCGGUAUCGACUUGCACCGCAAAAUCCUUUUCCAGCUGCUCUACUAGAUUGUUUGGUUGCGUAUCUAAAUCUACUAUUUCCACCAGCAGGUUCAUUACAUGCUGCUGUCUCUCCAGAAAAUAUCAUCAUAUCUGGUGAUAGCGCCGGAGGAAAUCUUUCAUUAUCACUUUUACUCGUUCUCCUGCAUUUGAACAGAACAUCCCAACCAAUAACUUGGAACGGCGAAUCGCAUCUCAUACAACUUCCAGCAGGCCUAUCGUUGCAUUCCCCUUGGACAGAUCUCCUUUGUUCUUGUCCCUCGUUAGAAACAAAUAAAGCAUAUGAUUACAUACCUCCGCCCUCCAUUUUCCCCGCUCCUCAUUCCAUCCCCUAUCCCAACUGCCCUCUCUGGCCUACCCCUUCCCCACGCUCAAACAUCUACUGCGAAGAUACAUUCCUCAUCCAUCCCCUCGUAUCUCCAUUAUCUGCCGGAGCCUCAGCAUGGAAAGGAAGUCCACCCAUCCUCUUUCAAAUCGGAACCGAGCAACUAGCCGAUGAGAGUAAAAUACUGGCAGCUAGGAUGGCGAACGUGGGGUUAAGCGUUAGAUGGGAGGAAUAUGAGUACAUGCCGCAUUGUUUCGCGCUUUUGUUACCGCAUUUGAGAGGUACGAAGAGGUGUUUUGAGAGUUGGGCGAGGUUUUGUGGAGAAGUUGGUGGGGUGCAAGGGGUGGAGAAAGGAGAGAAGAAAAGAGAGAUAACGACGAAUGGAGUGAAGAUUAGCGCGGACAGUGUAAAGGAGACGGAGGUUGAUGUGAAAGGGUUGUGGGAGGAGAGUGAUGAGGUUGUGCUGAAGAGGAUGAGAAAGAGAGCGAGGCUUUUGGUUUCAUUGGGCAAGAAGAUGGAUGGGGAUGGAAAUGAGGAUGUGAAUGGGGGAGGGACUGAGAGAGCGAGGUUGUGA